AUGUCGACGGAUUCGUCCACCUCGUCGGCGUCCAGCCCUAGCUCCGGCAUCGGCACGACGCCCGGCUCCUCCGACUCCAUCCUCCCGGUCUUCAUCAACCCGUACGCCUCCGUCAACGUCAAGACCCACGUCCCCAUCGAGCUCGACCUCCGGCUGCCAAACUACAACAAGUGGAACGCCUUCUUCACCGCCAUGUGCAGCAAGUUCGGCCUUCUAGGACACAUCGACGGCACCAUCAUGUCCCGUCCGACUGAUCCCACCUGGAAUCAGCCGGACGCUUGUGUGCGCAGCUGGAUGUACGGCUCUGUCUCCGAUGGGGUUCUUGACCUCGCCAUGGCGCCAGAUCAGACCGCCCGUGCUCUCUACACGGCCAUCCGUGAUCUGUUCCAGGCGAACCAGGAGCCACGCGCCGUCAUCCUGAACCAGGAGUUCGCCUCCUUGUCUCAGGGCGACCUUCCCAUUGAGGCUUACGCCUCGCAGCUGAAGCAGACUGCCGACGCUCUUCGCGACGUCGGCCACCCCAUCCUGGAUCACCAACUGGUGCUCAACCUGCUGAACGGCAUCAACCCACGCCUCGCCAACACCGCCGACAUCAUCGCCAACACGAGGCCACUACCGACCUUCACCGAGGCAGUGAACAUGCUUCGCCUGAAGGAACUUCGCCUCGCCAACGACAACAAGGUCGCCUCCAACACUACCCUUACUGCCUCCACGACGGCAGCUUGCACCUCUGCGUCCUGCCGCUCGACGUCCUCGCUUGCUUCGCAGCCCCGCGACGGUGGCAGAGGCAAGGGCAAGGGCAAGGGAAAAGGCGGCAGUAGCAACGGUGGCGGCGGCGGCGGCCGCCGCAAGCAGCAGCAACAACAGACGGGCCAGGGUUCCCAAGGAGGAGCGCGCGGCGGACCCCAGGCCGCCGGCCCAUGGGUCUGCUUCAACCCGUGGGCCUGGGGCCCAUAG